AUGUAUUUUAAUUGCAGAUAGUUCAACAUGGCGGAAAGAUAUACCAUCAAUAUGAUCACUCCCGAUACUAAAGAUUGGACAUGUAAAGUCCAAGUUGUUGAUAAAAGUCGACCAAGGGACAACAAAGAUAAAACCACAAAAUACCAAGUCUUAAUUCUGCAAGAUGAAGAGGAGAAUCAAGUUCAGGCCACUAUUUACAGUACUGAUAUAACAUAUUUUGAAAAAGAAUUUGCUCCUUUCAAGACUUACUUGGUAUCUGUUGCACAUGUGAAAGUACCACCUCUUGGAUAUGAAAAUUCACUUAACAAAUUCAUUUGGACACUUGAUAAAAACACCAUUGUUGAACCAGUUGAAGAGGUCAAACCUCCACAGGAUCCAUUACCACCACCAACACGACUAACUCUUACCACAUUUGACACUUUUGAGUAUCAACCCAAAGAAUUUGAAUUUGAUGUACUCGCCAUUGUCAUUAAUGGCAGUCCUUCAACAAAAACUACAACUGGAAAACGAAUUCAAGAGUUUAUUGUCAUGGACAAGCUGAAAAAACCAACAAAACUGACACUUUGGGAGGAUUUUAUUGAUCAUGAGGGAGUUAAACUUUUCAACCAACUUCAUGAUUACCCGAUCAUUCUUGCUAGGAAAGUUGGGAAAUCAUCCUCAGGUAAAAGUGCAAAUAAAUUUAUUUUUUCCUUUAUUGAAAAAUAG